ACUAAGGAAGCUUUACAGCAGCAACAAGCUGUGAAACUGAACUGCACCCAACGCUAAGACCCAGCACCCGCCUCCGAAAACACAGGUGUGCACCCAGACAUGGGGAGCCCGCUGCGCUACACACUGCUGCUGUGCCAGGUCUUAUCUUCUGCUGCCGCCAUCUUUGUGGACACAGAACAGAUAAUCAUCUUCCAGAACAAUGACCGCAGCUUCGGACACCAGGUCAUACAGCUGAAAAAAUGGGUGAUUGUCAGUGCCCCAUGCUACCCAGAGGCGACAAAUAAGACUGGUCGGAUAUACCGCUGUGAUCCGGGGACCUCUAGCUGCUCUCCAAUCUCCAUCAUUGGAUCACCAGACGAUCAUCACACGUCACUCGGGCUGUCUCUAUCCAUUCAGGAGAAUCCACUUCGAUUGAUGGCCUGUGGCCCAACCCUUCAGAGAACCUGUGGAAAGAACAUGUAUGUGAAUGGCCGCUGUUAUCUUCUGGAUGACCAGCUGCAGGUGCUGAGAGCUCUACCAACUUCACUGCCAGAGUGUUUGCUCCGUGGUAUGGACAUAGUCUUCCUUAUUGACGGCUCUGGCAGUAUUAGUAGCUCGGAUUUCCAGUCUAUGUUGGAGUUUGUCACCGCAGUUAUGAAGGAUUUUAAAGGCAGUAAUGCUCAGUUUGCUCUAAUGCAAUAUUCUGAUGUAUAUAAAACACAUUUUAAUUUUCUGAACUUCUCAAUGAUAAGAGACCCCAAAAUACUCACAAGGAGGAUAACCCAACAGCAAGGAACAUCGACCAGGACCUGCACAGCCAUCCUGAAGGCCAUUAAAGAACUCUUUGAUCCAAGAAGCGGCGCUCGUGACAAUGUGGAGAAGCUUCUGGUUGUCAUAACGGAUGGCGAGUCUCGCAUGGAUAACACCCCAUCUGCAGUUUCCACCCAGGAGGCCAACAGGAUCGGGGUGCGGCGCUUUGCUAUUGGGGUGGGCGAUGUCUUCUCACGGCCUGAGGCUCUAAAUGAACUGAAGUCAAUCGCCUCCCCAGUACCUGAAGAUCAUAUCUUCAAGGUUACAAAUUUCUCUGCACUGAAAAGCUUAAAUAAGAUCCUAGAAGAAAAAAUCUUCACUAUCGAAGGUAUGCAGACUCUAAGUGGAGAUAAGUUUCAGAUGGAGGUGUCUCAGGAAGGCUUCAGUGCUCUUUUAACCCCGGAUGAAGUAAUCCUAGGAGCGGUUGGUGCUAACAACUGGGCAGGAGGGGCAUAUAGUUACAGGACUGGGCAGGAGAAGGGUACCUGGAUAAAUGCCACUGAGGAUGGGACUAACAUGAAGGACUCAUAUAUGGGUUAUGCCAUGCAGCAGAUGAAUCAGGACUUGAUUGCCAUCGGGGCUCCCAGAUUUCAGCAUCUGGGAAGAGUCCUCAUCUAUAGAAGAAACCCAAAGACCACUGUCUGGAGUCAGGUGGCCACAGUCACAGGAAAGCAGAUUGGGUCAUAUUUCGGUUCUGUACUAAGUUCACUCCAUGUGAAUUCUUCUUGGUCUCUCCUUCUGGUCGGAGCUCCAACACAUUUCUCUUCUGACUCUUCGGGUGGUCGUGUGUACAUGUGCCCCUUCAUAACUGUGAUGGAUUCUCAUCUUGUGAGUUACACAAACGUCACCUUCACAUGUCCGCGGACUCUUCAGGGUGACAGCAGCCAGGCUGUCAGCCAUUUUGGUUCCGCUAUCUCCAUCCUUCCGGACCUGACUGGAGAUGAGUUUCCUGACCUGGCUGUGGGUGCCCCCUGUGAAGAUAACAGCCAAGGAGCAGUAUACAUUUUUCCUGGCCUGGAUGGGGGCUUCAAAACCUCCCAUAUACAGCGUAUCGCUGGUCAGCAGCUCAGUAGGAAGUUGAUGUACUUUGGAAGAUCUGUGACUGGAAAUGUAGACAUGACAGGCGACAACCUCCCAGACCUGGUUGUGGGGGGUGAAGGCCAAGUUCUCAUCCUGAGAUCUCGUCCUGUCCUAGCUAUCUCAGUCUCCAUGACAUUUGAUCCUAGUGAGAUCUCCCAUGCACUCUAUGAUUGUGCAGAGCACCAUAAUCAAGGACCAGCAACCACUAUUACUGUGUGUUUUACCAUCCACAUAAGAAGUAAAGGCGUUCUUGGUGUGGACUUGGGGCUGCUGACAUAUAAUGUUGUUCUGGAUGCCGGACGCACUAACACACGAGCCCUCUUCUCCAGUGCUGGCCGAUCCAUCCAGAAGACGGUAACGCUGCAUGUUGGGCAUCAUUGCCAGCAUCACUCAAUUGACCUACCAGAGUGUGUAGAGGACUCUCUAACUCCGCUCCGAGCUGCUCUUAAUUAUUCCUUGAUUGGAAAUGCCCUUCUGAGUGCAGAUUCAAAAAGCAGCCAGAUACGAGAGAUCUUUUUUGAGAAGAACUGCGGUCAUGAUGGUGAAUGUCAAGAUGAUCUGCAGAUGAAUCUGACAUUCGGCAAUCUCACACAGCUGGUGGUUGGGUUAUCUCUUGAAGUCAAUGUAUCAGUUUUGGUGAAGAACCUGGGCGACGAUUCCUACAACACUCAUGUUCUUAUUCCCUUCCCCUCUGGCCUGUCUUAUCGGAGGGUGGUUUUAUUGAGGUAUAGCAACAAGCGAGUUACAAUCACAUGUUCAACCAUCAAAAACCAGAGAGUAGUGAGCUGUGGAGUAAACAGACCGCUGCUGAGACCCAACACUACGGCCAUCUUCCUGGUCAGUUUCCAUGUAGCGCCAAUGGCUGAGCUGGAGGAUAUAUUGACUCUGACAGCCUCUGUGACCAGUGAUAAUGGAGGACCCUCCAAUCAGCUAAUGACAUCUUCUUCUAGUGUUAGAGUGUUCUACUCCGUCUAUGUGACCCUCAGCAGAUUGGAAGAAGGCAGCAAAUACCUGAACUUUUCUUCCUGGGACCACAGCAUCAGACACAUGUACAGGGUCAACAAUCUGGGCCAGCGCCGGCUGCCACUCUCCAUCAUCUUCCUGGUCCCCAUUCGACUUGGGAAUGUUUCAGUCUGGGAGAAACCGAAGAUCUCAAGCUCAAAGCCAGAGCUUUCCAAUUGUAUGAAGAUCGAGGAGACAUCAGGAGCUGAGAACUUUCAGGAAAUGAUGAAAAUAAAUCCAGUUCUAAACUGCUCAGUGGGAACAUGUCUCAGAGUGACCUGUGACAUCAAGGAUCUGGAGAUCGACAUGUCAGUGACUUUCAUCAUCAAUGGAACCGUGACUACAGACUGGAGCACACAGGUGAGGACUACUAUAAUAACUGCUCCUUAUGCCGGAGAACAGGCUUCCUAUGAGAUCUUCACGGCAGCUACAGAGCGUCACGAGCAAGCAGAGCGUGAGCAUCAGCUACGAGUGCUCCAGCUCCAACAGCCCUCCUCAGCCCUAUGCGA